CUCACGCAACAAUUGGCGGCAUUCCAUGAGCGCAAUUGCCAUCACUUGUAUAUUUUCCGCGUUUUCCCAGCAACUACACAAUAAACUGAGGAACAGCGGCCAAAUUACACAGGAAAAAGCAUUAAUAAACGCUUGAAUAUGCCCGCCGGCACUCUCCAGUCACCAAGCAGUAAACCUAUUACCAAAGAUGCCAUUCAGAAGUCAGGGGACCGCACUUGCCCCACUGGCAGCGGUGGCAAGAAGCUGGUCCAGACACGUCUACCCUUCAAGCUGAUCACCCCAGUGGCAUCAACAGCCACUGGUGGCACAUUAGCAGGAUCAGGGGCAGGAGGAGCCCCCACCUCUGCUACGUCUUCCGGUACUUCGGCCCUGCCCGAUGGAGAUGCCCUGGCAUCGGGAGAGUCGCCGCUGCCGAAGGAGCCGCGCAAGCGAAGACUCUCCUACAGCGAGGAAAAGAGCAGCAAUGAUGACACCUCGGAUCUCGAACAGCAGCGGCGCUCCAACAGCAAAGAGAACCUGGCCGUGGGCGUGGUUGGGGCUGCGGCUGUGGGAGCUGCUAAGAAGUCGAAGAUCUUGGAAGUGCUGGACAUGGCCGAAGAAAUCAUCGAACUGGACGACGAUGACGACGCAGACGAAGACAUUGAUGAGAAGGAGAAGGCCGAGGAGAAGAAAUCCUCAGCUCCAGCUCUGGCUGGUGCCAAAGCGAAGAUUCAGAUCAAGCCGAAGGCGAAGCCCAAGCCCAAGACCAAGCCCGGAGAGAAGGCCCCUUCAUCGCCCAUACAAAUCAAGCUGCCGCUGCUGAGCAAACGCGGCUCCAAGCGCCGAAAAUCUGUGAAGGAAUCGGAGGCAGCAACCCCCAAAAAUACUGCCCCCUCGACAGCGACAGCGGUGCCAGUCGAUUGCGACUCGACUGAUGACGAUGACGAUGCUAAAGUCAUUGCCGAGAAGCGGAUGAAAGUGCGGCUGCCCAAAGGCAAGAAGGAUCCAGAAGCAGCAGCAGAGAAGAGACAGAAAGAUGAGAAAAAGCCAGAAGCAGAGGAGAGCAAGGAGGAGGAGACAAAGACAAAGGUAAACGGAAACAAAAACGACCAGGAGGAGGUGCUUAACGCGGUGGAGAAGAUCACGGCAGAGGUGCAACAAACUGUAGAAGAGAUUACGGAGGAGAAGAAGAACAGAGGACAGAAAACAGAACCGAAGACCAAGGAUGCCCAAACAUUGACAAGCAGCAAGCAGGAGGAUCAGCAAAAGGCCGAAAAGAAAAAGUCACCGAAUGCCAAGACGCACGACUCCAAAUCGUUGGAAAAAAGUACAAAAGAAGAAACCGAGCUGAGCACAGAGCGGGCCACAAAGGAGGAUUCCUCCCUAAAGGAGGAUGUGAGCAAAGCGGAUCUGGAGGUGACGGAGAAGAGCAGCAAGGAUCAAGAGCAGCAAUCGGGAGUGAAGCAGAACAGCCACAAAGAGGAGAAGCAAACGAUAGUUGAGAAAACAGAGAAUGAGACAGAAAGCAAGGACGAUUCCCCCGACGAUGAUGAGGUGACGAUCCUCUCUAGCAGCGAAAGCGACCGCGAGAAGUCCGAUCAGUCCAGCACCGACCAUGAGAUGGAGAUGGACACCGACACACCCGACAGGAGGGCGAACGGUGGCAAGGGAAAGGCGCCCAGAAGAAAGAGCGUCCAUGACAUGGACGGUGUCGACGGUGGCGGAGACCUGAAGGGCCAGGCGCUGACGCCGAAGCAGCAGCGACUGUUUGAGCAGCGGCGCAAGGCGCGGGAGGAGAAGGAGCACAAGCUGCAGGAGGAGCGCCGCCUCAAGCAGCAGGAGAAGGAGCAGCGCGAGCAGCAGCGCAAAGUGGAGCGUGACCAGAAGGAGGAGCAGCGGCGCAAGGAACGCGACGAGAAGGAGGAGCAGCGGCGCAAGGAGCGCGAGGAGAAGGAGCGCAAGCGCCAGGCCGAGGUGGACUCGAAGAACGAGGAGAAGCGCAAGCGCAACGAGGCCAAGGAGGAGGUGCAGCGCAAGCGGGAUGAGGAGAAGCGUCGCAAGGAGCACGAGAAGGAGGAGGCCGAGCAGAAGAAGAAGCGCGCCGCCGAAUCCUUCACCAAGUUCUUUGUCCAGAAGCAGCCCAAGGGCCCAGGCACAGGCGAUGCCUCCGCCGCCACGCUGGAGCAGGAGCAUACCAGCUGCGAAAGCACCAAAAUGAUCUGCCAGUCGCUGGCCUUCCGUCCCUUCCAGGUCAAGGACGACAUGUUGCUGGCCCCUGUUGUGAGGGCCUCCCUUGGCGGCCAGCAGCGCUCCCAGCUGGAUGGCCUUUUCCGCGAGCGCAAUGAGGAUGCAUCGUCGGAGGAGGAUGAGCCCGAGGACAUAGGCCGCCGCAAGCGCCCCAACCGCGUCCAGCUGUACCUCGCGGAACUGGCAAAAGGCACCCGCCAGCCGCUCAAGAUGCAGCGCGACAUUCGGCUGCAGCGGCGCACCAAAGAGGAGGAGAGCGAGGAAGAGGUCCAGGUGAUAGAUGAUCUGACCAAUGCCGGCACGCCCAUUGUGCAGGAGGAGCAGGCCAAGCAGAUGCCCAGGAUGCGGGCCAAGUAUCUGAUGUUCGCCGACAAUCGCCGGCCUCCGUACUACGGCACCUGGCGCAAGAAGAGCCAGUCCAUCUGCGCCCGUCGCCCCCUGGCCCAGGACAAGGUGCACUUUGACUACGAAGUUGACUCGGACUGCGAGUGGGAGGAGGAGGAGCCGGGCGAAUCUCUGAGCGCCAGCGAGGACGAGAAGGAGCGCGAGUCCGAAGAGGAGUCCGAAGAGGAGUACAACGAGUGGUAUGUCCCUCAUGGCCAUCUCAGCGACGAGGAGCUGCAGAACGAUGGCGAAAUGGAUGACGGGCAUACGCGCGAGGCCCAGAAGGCCAAGCUCCAGGUCCUGCAGCAGGAGUUCGCCCAGGAAAUGAAGAAGCAGACCAGGAAGAUCAAGCCACGGCUCCUCGGCCCCGUCUGGCUGGACGAGAACGGCAACAAGUCGCAGCUGUGUCCGCCCGUCUUCAUUCAGACCAUCGACAUGUACGGCAGCUGGCAACUAGAGCCGAUCAGCCUGGAGCCGCCGCCGGAGACGGUGCGGGAGGAGGCGACUAGCACCGCCCCUCCCAGCCCCCUGCAGCUGGACGAGCGGCUGCUGCAACAGCUGGUGCGGCUCACGCAUGGCAAUCGCAACGCCAAGGCCUUCCUGAUCUCUGAAUACCUGGAGUACCUGAAGACGCAGACCAGCCAGGAGGCGCAGCUGCUGCCGUCGAAGGCCCUGAUCCGCGAGAAGUUCGAUGAGCUGGCCACCUGGUCGACAAUGGAGCUAUCCACCCCAGACGCCGCAGCGGGCAGCAGUGCCAAGAAAUCGAAGAAGCCCAAAAAGCGCCUCUGCUGGAUGGUCGGCCCCGAGAUGCUCGAGAAAUUCCAACUGGCCGAGCUCUCGGUGCAGAACCAAUGGGAGUACACGCUCACCCCCAAGAUCACCGAAUCGGAGACUCCGCCACAGCACGAGCUCAGUCCCCCCGCCGAGCCCGAGGUACCGGCCAAGCAAGACAAGGAAUCGCCGGUGGCCACCGUGGACGCUUCGAGCACGCCCAGCACUCCGACUCAGGUAGCCCCUAAGAAGCGGGUCGCCCUGAUAUCCGGGCCCCGGGAACUGCCCAGCCCCGCCGCCUCGAAGAACGGCCUCAUCAGUCAGUUCCUGCGCCGCCAGAGCGAUGCGAGCCCCAGCACCAAAGCGAGUCCGAAGAGGCCCACAGCCACAGCCAAGGCCAGUGCGGCGGAAGCCGAGUCGGAGGUGGUGCUGCUGCUCUCCGACUAAUAAUCCUCUAGCUUAAGUAAUCCUCUCACACGACAACUGCCUUAUGAAAUGGCCAAUGGGACACAUCGUCUGUUUUUAGUUUUACUUUGUCUCUUUCCUAGCAUUAUUAAUUUUUGUUUCCUCAUAAGUUACCAUAUAAUCGUUUAAAAACCCCGAUGUACGUUUUACUUGUAUAUCCCCACUCGCAGUACUCUAUAUCAUAGCGCAUCUGUAGAUCUGUUCCCGAUCUGUAAUUAUACCCCUACGAAGUAGAUCAAUUGAAAUGAUCGUGUCGAAUCAUAAAUGCAGCAUACACAUAUGCAGAAUUAUAUUCUCUAGCAUUAAGACAAA